AUGUUCGCGAGGACGGCUAUAGCUGAUAGGAGGAGGAGCAUGGAAGCCAAGGAGAAGGGUGUUUUGGAGAAGGCGGCUGUCAGCAAGGAGAAGCAGACGCAGGCGGUGAUUCAGCCCUCAAAGCCGCCAUUUGUUGAGGCGGCGCUUGCAGCGUUUCGGGCAAGAAGGAAGAAGGAGAGGGAAUCUGAACCUCAAGAGGCCCGCACCGACAUUAAUGCAUACGAGGCUCAGCUAUACCGCAAGUUCUGGAAUGAUAACUACGCCGCCCACGAGUGUGCUUCUUACGAGGACACAACACAAAUCCCUCCAAUGUGCUUCACCAACUCCAAGGACCUUGAUUGCACAUUCAUCGGCAUGAAGCCAACUCUCCAGGUCUUCUCCAUUAAGAUCGAGGAAGUGACACAGGGCUUGGACUGGCCGCUUGAUGUCUAUGGCGUGGUCGCGGUGCGUGAUGUGGUGGAUCACAAGCGUAAUGUCAUCUUUUACCGCGAAAAGGACAAUUGCCAAACUGUUCACUCUGAGGAUCCGUUUCUGUCGCUUACAGGUCCUACCCGGGCUGUUGUAGUGACAGUACAUCCCACCUAUUUCGAGGUGGAUUUGAAGGUGAAAGGUACUGUGGAGUCAGAUGAUAAAGAUCUGAGUUUGUUAGCACUAUGUUAUACAUGUAAUGGCCCAUGUACAUCAUGGGACAUUACUCGUAUUGCGACUAGCAAACUUAGCACCUUGAAACUCAACUUUGGCCAUAUUCUCAAUUCUGUGGAGGCAACAAUUACCGUUGAUAUUCUGGCUGGACAGUGGCCAAAGGAAUAUACAAAGGGCUUGUUCACUGCCAGCACUGAAAGUCUUAGAGGGAAAGAGCUGACUCUAGUAUCUUUUGAAGAUGGUAAUCUACCUGUUGAAGAUGGUGAACUGAAGCUUGCACGACGAGUAGUUUCUGUUGAGCUUGUUGCACCUGAGGAAGGCAAGUUUAAACCAAAGCUGCUAGUUUCUAUGAAAGCACUCAAUGUCAAUGAGAAUGGCAAGGUGGAACGCCUUCUGAGCUUCAAGCCCAAGAGCCGAGGUAGUAACAGUAGAAUCAUCAAGUUUGACCAGUGUGAGAUGAAAGUCAGUGUGGCUUGGUCUCGUCUCUCCACCUUUAGGGGUAUCUACGAGAAUGCUAUGUCAGCUCAAUCUGUCUAACUAUGUCCUUAGCUAAAUGCUUGUCCUAGUAUAUAGAUCCUUGUAACCAAUGUUUCUCAAUUGCUAUCAUCUCGCCGGCUGAACUUUUGUACUAAGCUCUCCCUAUGUGCUAACUUCAGAUGCAUCUGAACGUUUGUA